ACUCACUGUCUCGGCUUGGCGCUUCUUUUCCUCCAACGUCCACCAUCCAUCGUCACGUUCCUUUCCUUCCUUUCCCUUCUUUCCUUCCUCUCCUUCUCCUCUCCUCUUUCUCGUCGCUUCUCCCCUCUCUCCGCCCAGCUUCACCUCGCAUCUCGUCGCAUGCCAUCUUCAAUUCCAUCUCCAUAAUUCCAUCCCUCUCUCUUGCGUUUCAUUCGCUCCAUUUGGUUUAUGUCAUGCAUGCAUUGAGCUAUACCUACCCAGUCCACGCCAUCUCCCAGUAACCCUCCUAGCGCACGCGUCUCUCCACAACCCUCACCACCCGCCAACACUUUCAAUCAACUUUCCUUACCGUCAUUCUCAGGCAACCUUGUUCGUCAUGGAAGAAAGCGCCUCGUCGCGUCCCACCAACACCCCCGAGGGGUCCGUCGGGGCAGACGAUCACAACCCGUCGAGCUCUGCGAAGAACCCUGCCCUCAAAGAUCGGCAAUGCCAAUACUGCCAUCAGGCCUUCACCUCAUCCUCCCUUGGACGCCACCUCGAUCAAUUCAUGUUUAAAAAGAAACCCGAUGGCAUUCACGAUGUCGAGGAGAUUCGACGCAUUCGAAGUGAGAUCACGCGACGACAGGCCCGCACCUCAUCCGGCAGACGCGACACCCCCGAGCGAACACCUGGCAAACGUCCACAAGACCUAUUCAGCUCGGGCGACUCGGGUACAAAGCCACGCGACGGCGCGUACAGGAUGAUGUUCAACACCCCGACGUGGCAUGCGACCGGAGUCAUCAACGACAUCCCGAACCCGAGCCAGGCGCAGGAGGGCAGCUCCGCCCAUUCGCGCAUUGCGCCUCCGCAGUCUCGAACCGGCUCCUUCACCUUUACGGAGAGACACAGCUCGAGUAAUCCGGACACCAUGCGGGCGCUAGAAUUGGCUUUGCGCGAGGUGCUAGAUAACAUCAAGGCUGCAACCUCCCGAAUGCGCCCCCGACUCUCACCUUUCGACUUUGACAUCCAAUCGCAAACGUUUCCCUCCCUCUGUCUGCAGCUUCUCCCGCCUCCGCCCAGCCUAUUCGCAACCAACCCAUUCCCCUCGCCUACAUCUUUCCCCCUCCAACCUCCAGGAGUCGAGCAUCUCGAAAUCGUCCGACAAGCUCUCCGCGCGAAAAUCGAACAAUGGCAAUCCGACCAACUCUCUUCCGCCGAGUCCAGCUCCCACCCUCAUUCCGGUCGCCCAUCAACCUACGGGCUCGACUCCACUAUGAUCACCCGCAGCGCCCAACAACACGAAGACCUCAGCCUCCGUCAUCUUGAACUCGCCUUCAAGCAUUGGGCCUCUUUGUCCCAGGAGAUGCGUAGAGAUGCUUGGCAACUCGAGAUCACGCGCGCUUUCGCUCGCGAAAUGGACAAGCGCAAAUCCUUGGACGAUCAGCUCGCCCGUGUCCAACAGGAAGCCAACCAGCUCCGCGCCCAGGUCGAACGCCUCGGUUCCUGCCAAUGGCCGCGAGAGUUUGCACUCUUCCCGCCUGACACCUUGCCUCUUCCGCGGGAUGUCGCCAAGGAGUUAGACGCGCAUAAAAGCCCGAUCUCCCCUGCCGCAUCGAGAUGGGAUUACGACAGUGUUGUUGCGAAGUGGAAGCGAGUUGUGAUGCAUGAUAAGGGAAUGGGUCGCGUCGGAGUAGGCUACUCAGCCGCCGUUCAGCAGCAGCAACACCAGGAUGAUUUCUCGCAGACAGCGCCUCCUAGCACAGAGACAAGACAGCAGCGCAGUGCGACAGCCACAGCAGGCGAUGACCGAUCAGUCGGCAGAAUGCUACACCCUCCGACAGGCGCCUCGGCCUUGAGUCCCGAUCCUUCCCCAACGAAUUCCGCCCCCAACACUAGCGCAGCACCCGUCUCAUCAUACCCGCAGCAGCAGCAGCAACAACAACAACAACAACAACAACAACAACAACAACAAUCACAGCAACACCAGGACUCCGUGAAUCGCAGCCCUGAAACGGGUCCUCAUGCUAAACGCCCUCGUUUGAUGAACGGCCAUCAUACGGCGACAGCAGCAACAGCAGCGCCAUCCGCUGCCGGACAUGAUGCCCCAGAGGGCAACGUCCCUAGCUCUGGCGUACCUGUGCCAUUGGCCUCGCCGACAGUAACUGCUGGUGCCGGCAGCACAUCAGCCCAGCACUCCAUCGGCUCCUCCAGCCUGUGGACCGCCCCGCAACAAUCAGGUGGUGGUAUCCCCUCGAACCCCACGGGUGCGACCUCCGGUACUUCCGCACCGACGCCGCCGCCCUCCUGCUCGGAGACGGCUUAAUGGGUGUAUCAGGCAACUCGCUUGCCUUGGGCACUUUUCUCAUCCCGUCGAGUAGGACGUCUCGAUAACUACGCCUUCUUGAGAAGACAAAUCUACUCUCGUCAUCCAGGAAAUGAAGGUACAAUCGGGUAUAUUCUCGUCACUGACGCAAGUCACUAUAUACAACCAUCUAUCUAUCUACCUGCAAUCCUUACUGAAAAUGCAUCCAAUCUUGCCGCUGGGGCGAAGCAAUAGUGAAAGGGCCCAUACUUCCCCACGAGUACAGUUUCUAA